CGGCUCACAAUCCGUACAUUCGGCCCGACUGUGCUCAUCGUGUACACAUACGUAUUAUACAAAGUAUUUUCAGUUUUUGGUUUUGUUUCUUACUGUAGCGCGGCUCGCGAUUUACAUUGUACAAAAUAACCAAAAAUAUUUUACAGUGACUGAAUUUUAAAAUGUUUAAAAUGUUCACGACCGUGUGGUGUUUAACGGCUUUGGCAUUAGCCGUCUUCGGUCAGGCGACGAAUACCGACGGCGACGACGAGCGUCAAGGCAGAGGGUGGAAUAUGCUGGAUGGAGCCAAACGUUCGUGCGUCGGGCUGAACGGCCGACCAGGCAUAUGUAUGGGCCAAAGCGAGUGCACUGAAGCUAACGGAAAGUCAGUGGGCAGGUGUUUUCCGUUCGAUGCUUGCUGUUCAGUGACACCUAAUUCAUGCGGUGCAUCUUCGAGUUCAAGCACCGCAUAUUUCCAAAGCCCGGAAAAAUUCCAAGAUGUAUGCUCGUACAAGAUCAACGUCAGACGAAACAUUUGCCAGAUAAGAAUCGAUUUCGAGAGGUUUUCACUCGGCCAACCGACCAAACUUACGUCAGAAUCAGCGUACACAUGUGAACGUGACGAGUUUACGUUAAUCACGAACGGCAACACAAAGAUAAAUGUGCCCGUUUUAUGCGGUGAAAAUUCCGGUCAGCAUGUGUAUGUGCCGGUGAACCAACAACAGUCGGAUUCGAGGAGCAACAACAACAACAACAACAAUAACAAUAACAACAACAAGCAACAGAUGACAUUAAAAUUCAGGCUGACCGCCAGGGAUGACGACUACACCGAACCGGAACCGUUUUGGAAAUUGAAGAUCACGCAAUUGGAAUGCCAAACGACGUCGACCAACUGGUGGAAGAUUAAGGACAUCGCACGCCAAGUCUGGGACUGGGAAGACGAAGAGAGAGACGCCUCGAAAUCCAAGUACAGUCUAGCGCCAGAAGGUUGUUUACAAUACUUCACUGACAGACGUGGUUCGUUCGAAAGCUUCAACUACAACAGAGGGACGGGACAUUAUUUGGGCAACUUAAAUUACGCGACGUGCUUCAAAAGGAACCAAGAUACUUGUGGAAUCAAAUAUGAGGCUGUUAAAUUCCAAAUGGCAUACAACCAGAAGCUGACCGGUUCCACGGACCGGGACUGCGAUACUGCCGCUGACUCCGGGCAGACGACGCUCGCACCGGGCCAGACGACGCUCGCACCGGGCCAGACCACACUCGCACCGGGCCAGACCACGCCGCCUGCUGGAACCACUCAGCCACCAGCGGGAACCACUCAGCCACCAGCAGGAACCACUAUACCACCGAACGACGACGAUGAGACCGAAGCUCCGACGAACGGGCGUAGCAGAAGACGACCAUCCGAACGUGGAGUGCACAGCGACUACUUGCUCAUACCGGACGGCCUUUAUUCGGGAUCUCGAUUUGCGUCGAAAUAUUGUGACAAGUCGCUGGAAAACAUCGAUGACAGCACAGUCAAGACUCAAGGACCUCUCUACGUGGCUUUUGUCAGCGACGAUUUCUCGAAUCCCAACGAAGAUGUGGAAAAAGGAUACAAGAUCGAUUAUUCAUUGACAAAUACUGGAUGUUAAACACAUUAAUAUUCAAUCAUAAUUUUAUUUAUUUUAAACACUAACAAAAGCGUUUUAUUAUGCAAAUUUUAUUUAUU